ACCAACCAUUUCCAGUUUCCACAAUCCUUCCACACUGCCGUUUCUUUGACUCCCCUCUGUCUGUCUGUUCAUCGCGCUCCAUACCCAUUUUUAGCUCCUCCCCAUAACUAGAGAAGAUAUGCUUGUCGAGGAAGCUCCAAAUAUUGAUCCAAUAAAUAUCUCCCACGAUAUGCUUGCACCAGGCAGUUACACAUAUGAACUAUCAAUUCUUUCGUGGAAGCGGGGACAGCUGUCUGAAUCUCUACCUUUUCUGUUCAUUUGACGUGUUGUGGGCUUUGAUUCGAUUGAAGAAAUGUCUGCCUCCGUGGGGUCGAUCGAGGGUUACAACGAGAACAGCGAGUGCAAUUCCGGGCCGGAUAAGGAGAGCUCCGGCGGUGCCGGGAGAGCGGAAGCGGAUAUGGCGCUGUACGCAGAGCUCUGGAAGGCUUGCGCGGGACCUUUGGUGACGGUGCCUCGUGAAAACGAUCUUGUUUUGUACUUUCCUCAGGGCCACAUUGAACAGGUGGAGGCAUCUACUGACCAAAUUGCAGACCAGCAUGUGCCUAUCUACAAUCUUCCUCCCAAGAUUCUUUGCAGAGUGGCUAAUGUUAAUUUGAAGGCUGAAGUCGACACAGAUGAGGUCUAUGCUCAAGUUACUUUGAUUCCGUUGCCUAAUCAAGAUGAGAAUGCAGUGAAAAAAGAUCUUUCUCUGGAGCCGCCUCCUCGAUUUCAUGUCCGUUCUUUUUGUAAGACUCUUACAGCUUCAGAUACAAGCACUCAUGGUGGAUUCUCGGUGCUGAGACGACAUGCCGAUGAAUGUCUACCUCCACUGGACAUGUCAAGGCAUCCACCCACUCAAGAAUUAGUGGCCCAAGAUUUGCAUGGAAAUGAAUGGAGAUUCAGGCAUAUUUUUCGUGGUCAGCCACGGAGGCAUCUUCUCCAGAGUGGUUGGAGUGUCUUUGUUAGCUCAAAAAGGCUCCUUGCUGGCGAUGCAUUUAUAUUCUUAAGAGGGGAGAAGGGGGAAUUGCGAGUUGGAGUUAGGCGGGCCAUGAGACAACAGAACAAUAUGACAUCAUCUGUCAUAUCGAGCCGCAACAUGCAUCUUGGUGUUCUUGCGACAGCUUGGCAUGCUGUUCAGACCAAAACCAUGUUCACAGUAUAUUACAAACCUAGGACUAGUCCGGCAGAGUUUAUUGUUCCUUAUGAUCGCUACAUGGAGUCUCUCAAAAGCAAUUAUUUUAUAGGAAUGAGAUUCAAAAUGAGAUUUGAAGGCGAAGAAGUGCCAGAGCAAAGGUUCACUGGAACUAUUGUUGGUAUUGAAGCUGCAGAUUCAAAAAACUGGCCAGAGUCAAAAUGGAGAUGCCUAAAGGUGAGAUGGGAUGAAAUUUCGACAAUUCCUCGACCUGACAGAGUUUCGCCAUGGAAAAUAGAACCUGCUCUUUCUCCCCCUGCACUGAAUCAACAGGCAGCUCCCAGACAGAAAAGGCAUCGUUCAAAUGUUCUGCCCCCAUCCCCUGAUUCUUCUGUUCUUACUAAGGAAGGUCCAUCGAGAACAGUCAUUCCUGCAUGUGGGUUUUCAAGGGUCUUUCAAGGCGAAGAAGUGUCGACUUUGAGAGGAGUACUUGCCAGGAGCGAUGAGUCAGAGUCAUCCAAGAAGGCAUUAUUGUUGAGUGUUUCGGCAGAUAGUGAGAAGAUUGACUACUCUUCAAAAAGAUGCAGAGCAAAUAAAACAUCACUCAUGGAAAGGGUCAAGUCUCCGUCCGUAAAUCUGAUAUCCACUUUUGGAUCACAAAUAAAUACAUUCUGUAAAAUCUCUAUGCCAACUCCUGGUCUAUCCCUUAGCCUCGCAGAUUCCAGCUUAAAAACUCAUGGACAAAGUGCCGGCACUCCUUUCUGUGCUAGGGGGGAUAUGAGUUACGGUGCUUUUAGAGAACUCUCCUUAAUUUCUGAUUUGAGAGGCGACAAUCAGCAGCAGAAUAGGUUUAUGGAUCCACAUGUUUCACAAUGCCUUCAACUAUCAGUUGCUCAGCCGGGAGAAGCAAUGUUAAAGUCUGUAAUGGCGCAACCACAGGAUGCUAUGAAGUUUGAGGAAGGAAAUUGCAAGCUCUUUGGUAUUCCCCUUAGAAACAACACUUUGCCAGAGUGUUCAAACAAAACUAAUCACAUUGAGCCAUUGCAUCGUAGGCAUCGUGAGAUGGUUUUAAACUUCCUAACUAGAAAGUCUGAUCAACGGCCUGAUGAUCCAAAAUGGGUGGAUAAUAGUUCAGCCGUGGGCGAACAGGAUAACAGAUUCCAAAUCUUGCAAACUCUUGCUAGAGACAGAGAGGACAAAGUUCAUUCAGGAUCCGCAAGGAGUUGUACGAAGGUUCAUAAGCAGGGGAUGUCCCUGGGCAGGUCUUUGGAUCUUUCCAAGUUUGACAACUACGAUGAGCUGAUUGCUGAAUUAGACAAUCUCUUUGAAUUUAAUGGUGAACUGGAGGCACGAGACGGGAAUUGGGUUGUCGUGUAUACGGAUGAUGAGGAUGAUAUGAUGCUUGUUGGAGAUGAUCCAUGGGAGGAGUUUUGUGUGAUGGUUCGGAAGAUCUUAAUCCUGACAAAAGAGGAGGUCGAGCGCCUGAAUCCAGGAAGCAUUGAAGAACUGUUGUCAGUUGCAGAGGAGGAGGAGAACCUGAGCAAGAAGAAGUUGCAGGUAGCUACAUCACAUUGUUGAUUCUUAUCAUGGCAUUGCAUUGCAUUUUUCCAGUUGGAGCAUAUAAUUUCGAAACUUUUGUACAUAUAUGGAUUAUUAAUCAUGAUUAUCAAUUAUACUUAGGUGCUUGUUUAAAAUUAAAUAUUAGUUUUGGACAAAAAUGAUGUUGUGUCCACUUCAAUUAACAUAGUUAGAUUUUUACCA